AUGGCAGACAAGCUGUACAUUUCCGAGACACCCGACGACGUCAAGAACGCCAAGGGUAUUCAUCUUAUCACUCAAAACACACCAAACGGACAAGCGACACAAAUCUUCUUAGAAGAACUUGCCGAGACCUAUGGAACAACAUGGACCACCACUUUAAUCAACAUCUCGACUAACGAGCAAAAGAAGGAAUGGUUUCUACGACUCAACCCCAACGGCCGAAUUCCUGUUAUAAUUGACAACACCCAAAACCCACCAUUCCCUGUUCACGAAACAUCUGCGCAACUUCUAUACCUCCUAAAGUCAGUCGACAAGGACCUUAAGUUCGGUUUCGCAGACGAUCUUGAACAAAGCGAAUUAGUCCAAUGGACGUUCUUCUGGCACGGAUCUGGAGCUCCCUACCAGGGCCAAGUAAACCACUUCACCAAAGUCGCUCCGGAAAAGAUUGACUACGCCAUCAACCGCUUCAGAAACGAAACACUCAGAGUCUACGGUGUGCUCGAGAUCCGACUUUCUGGCAAGUAUACCGGCGAGCCUAGAGAAUACCUAGCUGGCAAGGGAAAGGGCAAGUACUCAGUAGCGGAUAUCAAGACGUGGGCUUGGAUUAAGAAUUGGGAGAGGUCUGGCUUCACCAAGGAGGAAACUAGUCAAUUCCCGCAUCUAUUGCAAUGGAUUGAUCGUAUUGCGCAACGCCCGGCUGUGCAGAAGGGAAUUGGUGCAAAGUACGUCCAAUCCUAA